GUAUAUGUAUACACCCUUUGUGGGCGCAGAACAAUAUGGCCGUCGUGCUGCGAGCAUUCGUGUUACGUGGUUACGAAAUAUCAGUAUUUUAAACAGCUUAUUUGGUGGAGUUUCCUUGUGGCAUAUAAGGCAAAUUGGUGAUACGUGUAUAUGCGAAUAUUGUGAUUUAUUGCGAAUGUCGAUGCUGAAAUGAAUCUUAGGCGCGGCAUGUAUGGCGCCGCGCGAAAUCUACGCGAUAGGAAAUCGCAGCUCGUUCCGUACGGGCUCCGCGUUAAUACUAUCACGGAUUAAUAAUCAAUGGCUAUAUUUGAGAAGAAAUAUACAAAUAAGGUGCUCCUAGAUGACACGGAGAAGCUCACAAGCGUCAUUGAAAAUGCCAGGAAUAUCGACGGGCACACGGAAUAUGUGAUCAGGACACAAAGAGGUCCACUGCCAAAGAAAUCGUGGCGAGUUAGCAGACGUUACAAUGACUUUGUCCAGCUUAAUGGGGCUCUCUCAAUAUCAGGCAUCAAUCUGCCACUGCCCCCAAAAAGAAUUAUUGGCAAUAUGGAGCCAGACUUUAUAGCUCAACGGCAAAUAGCUCUGCAGGUCCGUUGGAUUCAUAAAAAUUAUCUAAACGUAUUACUAAUGAAUCCCAUACUGGCGUCAUCGCUGCCCAUGAAAAAGUUUCUGGAUCCUGAAAACUACACGGCACCAUUGCACGAAAUCGCCCUGCAACAGGUGUCAUUGGCACUGCGUAGUGAUGCCAACUUCGAAGUAGGAAAGGCCAUUCCUGAUAUGGGAUGGCGGUUAAGGAAACAUUACUACACUGUAAAAAAUCGUCAGAAUCCUAAGCAGGAACUUUUGCUCGCUUGGGUUGAGUUCGGUCCUGACAAGCAUCUGCAGGACAAAGAUAUCCAGGGUGUGUUCAAGAGCUUGGGAUCUCUACGGCAUCCGCAUAUCGAGCCCAUCGUCCAUCAGCAUGUCACCGAUAAUGGAGCUUUGAUGAUCAGGAACUUCUACGCGGAAGGUACAUUGCGUGAUGUCCUCUGUCACACCAAGCCCAAGCAGCCCUUCAUCAAGAAAUAUGGGAAUCCAAAGCAGACAAAAUCUCUUACCAUUUCUGAGAUUGUUAAUUAUGCCUACCAAAUUCUCCAGGCUUUAGGCUUUCUACAUGAGAAGGGAUUGCCUUACGGUCAUCUGCACACAGGAAAUGUUGUCAUUACAUCGAACGGUGCAAAGUUAUUAGACGUGGAGAAUGGACUCUUGGGACUGCCGGCUUUUUAUCGCCCAUAUGUGGUGCAAAGACGGAAGCUACACGCAACGACUCAAGUAGAUGUUUACGCCUUCGGGCACGUGCUUUACGAGAUGUCUUUUGGACGACCCUUACUAGAAGCUACAUGUUCAGAUUUACCCAAUUGUGAUUCUAAUCUAAAGAAUCUUCUCGAAGUCAUUUUGUCGCCGGAGGCAUUGAAACAGGAUUUACCAACAGUUGCCCGACUCCUGGAGCAUCCAUUCUUCGAAUUAAGUCGGCGCGCGCCUAUUAGCGUUGGUUUGCUCGAAAAACCGCACUGUAAGCUAAGCAGUCAUCUAAAAGAGGCUCUGUUAGAAGCGAUCAACAAAGCAGAGUCGAGGUUACGUGAUGAGCAGAAGGUUGCACGGCAUCAAAAGAGACUGGUUAAGGUUCAGGAGAUGAUGAGUUCGGAGGAAGAGAUGAAGAAACGCAAGCAAAAAUUGAAAAAGGAGCAGAAAUUGGCCCAAGAGCAAAGAACAUCCAAUCAGCUGGGUACGAAUGGAACAAAGCAAAUGAAUGGAAAAAGUCCGGAGCGUUCGGACAGUCCUACGAGUACAUCAACAGCUACGAGCGUUGGGACGCUGACACCGCCGUCUCAUGAACAUGAAAGUUGCUUUGUUCGAAGGGUCGACGGAAUUGCAAAGCAAAACUGCGGCACCACCACCACCGCCACCGCCCCCAAUGCUGGCGAAUGUAUCUACAUCAUCAUCGACGACUGGCACUUCCAAGAGCAUACCAAAAUCCGCGAACGAGCGUACUGCUUUAUUAGGAAGCAUCUGUAACUUUGAUAAAACUAACCUUCGCAAGGUCACCAAUGGAAACCACUAGGAUACCUCUAAGAGGAUACUGUUGCCAUAUCAACUGAGACUAUGCGUUCACUCUUUGUACAAGUUCUCUAGAACUACCCGGAGUAGACUUCUAGUUUUCAUUGGAGCUUCAGGUGAAUUUUGUGAAUCUUUAUAUAAUAUAACAUGGACAGAGUCAUGCAACUGCAUGGUGAUGUCUUAUCUGAGUAAUCGCAAAUGGAGUAGGCGUAUACGGUAUUAUAUUUCAACCAAUGAAGGUCGAGAUUAAAAAUCUGACAAAAGAAAGCAAAGAAGCUGAUGAGGAGUAAAAGGCUAUAACCUCCUGUAUAUAGGUAGCCACUAAAGAGGAAUGUUUAAUAACACGGGUAGGCAACGUGAGAUAAAGAAUUUAAGAAAUGAAAUCAUAUCUUGUUUAUGGCUGUAAUAUACAUAUGUCUAUUUAGUAUUGGACCGAGUCAGGGGAUAUCAAUGAUUACGUAACGCUUGUGAAAAGAAAGACACACUUAGAGGAUAUUCUGCUUUAAACUCCUCUUUUGUUUAAGCGAAUGAUUCCUUAGUUAAUUAUUUAUUCACUGUGCUGCAUUCCCCUUUCGGCCUAAGAGAACAUAUUUAUACAUACAUAUGCAUAUAUUAUAAGAUAAAGUCCAAUUAUCUACGUUAAAAUUCUUUAAUACGCUAUCAGUCUCUUUACAUGCGUAUUAUAUAACAACAAAAUAUACAAGAUGCAACAGUAAAAAAUAGAUAAAUAACAUCAUUAAAACUAACAAUGACCUGAUGAAUUCAUCGUUACCUUAAGACCUUCUAUUGGGUCUUGACAGAUGAUUAGCUGACAGUACCGCGGAAGGCGAUAAUGUUAGUAAUAAAAUAGGUAAAACAAAAAAAAAGUGAUAAUGUCGUAGAAUCCUGAUUUUUGUGUCUAUUAGGAUUUUAUUAAGCCACCAUGAACCUUCGUUACGUGAUUGUUACACAUAAAGUAUAAUAAAUCAUGUGCUUGCCAGGAUUAGAAAUCCGUGCACACCAAGGAGAGAUUCGUGCCAAUACAUCAUGCUUGCCGAUUAUUUAAUCAUUCGGCUCUCGUUGUUUAAAAGUAUGAUAAAAAUGAAAGUACACAGUACACGUACUUGAUAGUAUUAGGUAUGAUAAUUUCUAAUAUGACAAGCUACUGUAAUGUGCUGCUUGCUGUACAUCUUGUUUGUGAAUAUCUACGAAAAAAAGAAUGAACAAAGAGACAAAUAUAACAAAAUUAAACUGUGUAA